AAACAAAUCGGUAGCGUGUUGCUUCACACGUGCAAAUUUAAACUGAAAAUAGUGUAGUCGACUGUAUUUCUUUCAAUUCCGCGAGUUGCUCGUUUUUUAAUCGUUCAAUAGCAAUGAGUUUUGCCGGUCCUAAAGAAAUCAUUGCAGAAGGCGAUACCGUCGUACUGUAUCUAACACCCGCCUUGAUGCAUACGAUCGACGCGGUGCCGCAAAUUCGCAACAAGAAAAACGAAAUGAUCGAGUACGUGUUCCAAACCAGUUUCGGUGCUUUGAAGGUGCGUGAUCUGAUCGGAGUCCGGUACGGUUCGCGCGUACAGCUCACCAAGGGCUGGGCCCACGUCCUGCAACCGAACCCGGAAUUGUGGACCCAAACACUGCCCCAUCGGACGCAGAUUCUCUACACGCCCGACAUCAGCAUGAUACUGUAUCAGCUGGAAGUGCGUCCCGGGAGCGUUGUGAUCGAGUCUGGGACCGGUUCCGGUUCUCUAUCCCACUACUUCCUGCGUGCCAUCCGCCCGUCGGGCCACCUGCACACGUUCGAUUUUCACGAGGAGCGUGUGGCGAAGGCGCGCGAAGAGUUUGUCGCCCACGGGCUGGGCGACAAUGUGACCGUGCGCCAGCGGGAUGUGUGCGAACAGGGAUUCGGUGACGAGCUGAACGGUGUUGCGGAUGCCGUGUUUCUCGAUCUGCCGGCACCGCAGCUUGCCGUACCGUAUGCGGCAAAAGCGCUGAAAAAUGAAGGUGGACGCAUUUGCUCAUUUUCACCCUGCAUCGAACAGUCGAUGCGAGUCUGCGAGGCACUUGGGAAGUGUGGUUUCAUCGAGGUGCAGAACAUUGAGGUACUACAGGUAGAAGAUUGCGUACGCACACGCAACGUACCGGUAAUGGAGCUUGAUUUUCUCAAAACGAAGCGUACGGAGACGGACGGAAAGGACAUGAAAACGCCACGGGAAAGCAAAAAGUACAUAACCUCCACCGCCCCAAACACGAUGGCUGGACAUACCGGGUACCUAACUAUUGCGGAGUUGCCACCCCUUUUUGCCCGGUAAUAACUAUCCCCCCAACGGAUUGUGAGCCAUGGAAAUUGGAGUAAUUCUAAGUGACAAGUUUCAAGCUGAAAACUUUGCAUACAAUAAAAGCGAAAGAAAUGGUAACGACCACA